AGACUGUAUAGACCAGGAUGGAUGUAUGAAAGAAAAAGAGUGAGGUUUUCCGAAAAGGCUAUAUGCCUAACGAUAGAGGCAAUGGUUGAACGCCGUGAUAAAUUGAAGUAAACAAGAGGAUAACAAAGGAUUCAGAUCCACUGUGAUUUGUUAGAUUUGGUGACGGAAAUUGACUCGGACAACGCAACUUCUCCACAGUCAAUUUCAUUCUACAUCGUAGACAAGUGACCGACUAAAAAUUUGUUACUGAUCUGCAAAUCCCGACAGAUAGAAUGAGAACGAUUGAAGAAGUUUCUCUUCAGCGAUCUUCGGCUGUUCGCCCCAGCAGUUUGGAAUUGGAUAACGUACUGACCUUGGAUAUGGAUUGUGUAUUUCCCGACUUGGAUGAAAAUAAUAGCAAUAACAACGUCCUUCCAAACAAUGGUGGGACGCGUAACAGCCGAAAGAAAAGGCGAAGAGCAGCCAUAAAGAAAUUUAGUGAUUUAUACGAGGAAACUGGGGAAUUUUUGGGAAAUGGAUCAUAUGCAUCAGUGCGUACAUACAAAAACAAGGAAACUGGAAAAGAAUUUGCCGUAAAGAUGAUAAAUAAGUGUACGAGUCUCCAACGCAGCAAAGUGUUCAAAGAAAUCGAAAUAUUUCAUCAGUGUCAGGGUAGUGAGAACAUUCUGAACCUGGUGGAGUACUUCGAGGAAGAUGAUGUGUUUUACCUGGUCUUUGACAAGAUGGCAGGUGGCACCCUUCUCAGCAACAUCGAGAGCCGAGGCCACCUGAGUGAGUACGAAGCUUCUCUGGUGGUGAGAGAAAUAGCCCGUGCCCUGGAUUUCCUACACCACAAGGGCAUCGCGCACCGAGACCUGAAGCCGGAAAAUAUAUUGUGCCAAAGAGUAGGGGAGGUGGUUCCUCUCAAGAUCUGCGACUUCGACCUAGCCAGCGGCGUCCCUUUGGGCGGCAACAGCUCAGACGGGAGCAAAACCCCGGAGCUGCUCACCCCAGUCGGAUCUGCCGAGUACAUGGCUCCUGAGGUCGUGGACGCUUGGGUCGGCGAGUCCUUCUCCUACGAUAAAAAAUGUGAUCUCUGGAGUCUGGGGAUCAUUCUGUAUAUAAUGUUGUGUGGGUACCCGCCGUUCUACGGUCAGUGCGGGGAGGAGUGCGGCUGGGAGCGGGGCGAGGCGUGCCAGGACUGCCAGGAGCUGCUCUUCACCUCCAUCCAGGACGGCAUGUACGAGUUCCCCCGGGACGAGUGGCAGUGCGUGUCGGAGAGCGCCAAGGACCUGAUCCGCCACCUGCUGGUGCGCAACCCGCGCAAACGCUACUCGGCUCAGGACGUCCUGCAGCACCCCUGGACCACCACGCCCGCCGCCGCCACCCCUCUGGCUACCCCGCACAUCCUCACUAGGAACAACAGUACAAAGGACCUAGAAUCCUUUGCCGAGACUGCCAUUUCCAUCAACCGCAUGAUGCAGCAGCACCUGAUCAUAUCCGGGGUGCCCCAGUUCAUGGUGGGCAGCCGGUCGGGCGAAGUGAGCAAAGUGAGCGAGGAGAGCAGCAGCGGUGACGACGAGGAGGGAGCCCACAGCGAUGAAAACGACAUUGAUUCCGUCCUAAGCUUUGAGGUUGGUCAAGGCAUCAAACUGUCCCCGCCGGGCCUAUCGGCGCUGGCCAAGCGUCGGGCCGGGAGCAGCGACGGCAGCUUCUCCCCUUCCUCUUCCCACGACUACAGCAGCGGUGGCGGCUGCAACAAGCUCAGCAGCCAGCGCAGCAACAACCACCACCGCAACCACCACCCGAUAAUCACCCGCUGUGGCUCGGGCAUGGGCAGCGUGGACAGCUUUUGCAUCAGCUCCGGGAGCUGGCAGUGAAGUCUACACCACCACCACCACAACAACAAGGCAGUAACUCUGCUACUACUACUUCUACUGUACUUUACUCACUCACUUGCCUGGGUUUCUCUUAGUUACGCUCCUCUUUUUUUUUCUAGUUUCUCUUUAGUAUAAUAUAACAUACAACAUAAUGUUUU